ACAUAGUUCGAUCGAGUAUAACAUGCACGGCGUGGCAAGUCGUGUCUAUUACUUAAGACGAAUCCUCGUCACGGUGCAUACAGUAGCAAGCGAUAGUGUUUCGCGUCAAAACAUAUCGUUCGAUCUGUCUUAUAUUAGAUCGACAACGACGUCGAGGAACGAACGUAGGAGAGAAGAUGAAACCGUGGCUGGUAUCGCUGUUCCUCGUCUUCCUAAUCGACAGCCAGGUGGUAGCGAAGAUUCUAACGGAAUGCGAAAUCGUGAAACAGCUCGAACAAGCUAGAAUCUCGAGGAGCGAUAUCAGCAGUUGGAUCUGUUUGAUGCAGAGCGAAAGUGGAUUGAACACGAAUUUGAUAACGGGCCCGAAGACGGCCUCCAGCUACAGUUACGGCAUCUUUCAAAUUAACAGCGCCAAGUGGUGUUCCAGGGGGCAUAGUGGAGGCAUUUGCAAAAAACGUUGCGAGGAUUUCGCGAAUGACGAUAUCAGAGACGAUAUCGUGUGCGCUAAGAAGAUUCAAAAUUUGGAAGGGUUCAAGGCGUGGAGUGGUUGGGUGAAGAAUUGCAAGAAAAAGCCUUUGCCAAAUAUACAGAAAUGCUCACGAUGACGAGCAUACUUUUAUAGAAGCCAGUACCGUAAAAUGAUUAGGUAAUUAGAAAUAUUUCUGUGAAACGAAUCUGAACCUAGAUCUAUCUUU